AUGCCUCGCUCCGUGCGAGGGCUCGGAGACUCUCGGGCGGGGGAGAGGGAGAUACUCAAGCAGGAGUCGUACAGGAUCAACGGAGGCGAGUCUGGAGCAUCGCCGGGGGAAGACGAGUCUUCGGACGCGGCGUCCGCGCUGCGCGUGAGCGAGGCCUGGGCGACGGAAGCGUUUCGGCUGCCCGCCGACUUCCUGCACAACCUGGCGCAGCCUGGCAAGAAGAAGAGGUGCGAGGCUUGGCGGCGGCGGCGCAGCAGCGGAAAGGAUUGA